AUGGGUCUCGUCAAGGUCAUUAAAAACAAGGCCUACUUCAAGCGCUACCAGGUUAAGCUGAGGCGUAGACGUGAGGGAAAGACUGACUACUACGCCAGAAAGCGACUCACUGUCCAGGACAAGAACAAGUACAACACACCAAAGUACCGUUUGAUCGUCCGUCUUACCAACAAGGACGUCGUCGCUCAGCUCGCCUAUUCCAAGAUUGAAGGAGUCUCUGUCGUCGCUUCAGCUUAUUCUCAUGAGCUCCCACGUUACGGACUCAAGGCUGGACUCACCAACUACGCCGCUGCCUACGCUACCGGACUUCUUCUUGCCCGCCGUCACUUGAAGGCUAUUGGACUCGACUCCACCUACAAGGGACACGAAGAGCUCACCGGAGAGGACUACAACGUCGAGGAGGAAGGAGACAGUGCUCCAUUCAAGGCUGUUCUUGAUCUCGGACUUGCUCGCACAACAUCUGUAUCCGAGAUCUUCGCCGCGUUGAAGAAAUUAGCUAAGGCAAGCGUCGUUCUCGUCAAGGUCAUUAAAAACAAGGCCUACUUCAAGCGCUACCAGGUUAAGCUGAGGCGUAGACGUGAGGGCAAGACUGACUACUACGCCAGAAAGCGACUCACUGUCCAGGACAAGAACAAGUACAACACACCAAAGUACCGUUUGAUCAUCCGUCUUAAAAACAGAGACGUCGUCUCUCAGCUUGCCAAUUCCAAAAUUGAAGGAGACGUUGUCGUCGCUUCGGCUUAUUCUCAUGAGCUCCCACGUCGCGAACUCAAAGCUGGACUCAUCAACUACGCCGCUGCCUACGCUACCGGACUUCUUUUUGCCCGCCGUCACUUGGAGGCUAUUGGACUCGACUCCACCUACAAGGGACGCGAGUUCACUCACGAAACUCCAUAUAACCGAGAAGCAAAGAUCUGGGAAAACAUCCAUGCUUCCGAGCGCAAUUUACCCGUUGUUGUUGGAUUCAUUUUCGUGGAGCCCGCGCAACUCCAAGUGACAAUCAAGUACUACAUCAAUGGAUCACUAACUCGUAGAUCUUUCGAGUUUAUUGUUUUCAGAGAAGAAACUUCUCUUGGCCUCAUGGGACGAUUGAAAUUAGUGGGUUUCAAUUUAUACCCGAAUCAAGAGACUGCUCUUUUCCUCCUCCCAGGAGAGCAUCUCAUUCCGGAAGAUUCGCACGUGAUGCCGUACAUCUCCACUGGAGGAAGUCUGUUGUUCGACGUCGCGCCGACCAUCUACUAA